AUGGCUUCCGUGAAGAGCAUGAUCGCCGCGGGCCUCCUCGCUGCACCUUGCGCCGACGCCUUUGUGGCACCGGGUGCGUCCCACACCGCCACCAGCCUUCGAGGCUCAACAGCUGUGAAGGCUGAGUCUAGCUUCAGCACCUACUCGGCGCUUGCCGCAACUGCCACGACGGGUGCUGCUGUGAUGAGCUUUGUGGGCAUGAAGAAGCCGACUGCCCGCAACACCGUGGCUUGCAAGUUCAGAUUGGCGAUGAUGGGAGCCCUCGGAAUGCUGACGCAGAGCUUGGUGCAGCUGCCCGGCAUGGAGGGCGUGCCGAAGGACAUUUCGGCCUUCAGCACAGGUGCCGGCCAAACGGGUUUCCUUAUCACCAUCGCCAUCAUCGCAGUGUUGGAGGCGGCUGUCUUCGUCCAGGACGACAGCAAAGAGCCAGGUAACUUUGGCAAUCCCCUGCCUUUGGUUGGGGAUGACUACUCGGCUGAGAUGAUCGCCAUGUUCGCGGCCCUCGGGCAGAUCGCCGCCGGCCUCUACACGGGCAAAUCCGCCAUUGAGCAAUUCGGUCUUUGA